AAGAAGCACAUCCUGGGGAGGAAAAUGCGCUGUGGACGCCUGUGCCAGUUCCUGUGGCUUUGGCCCUAUCUGUCUUAUGUUCAAGCUGUGCCCAUCCGAAAAGUCCAGGAUGACACCAAAACCCUCAUCAAGACUAUUGUCACCAGGAUCAAUGACAUUUCACACACGCAGUCGGUGUCCUCCAAGCAGAGGGUCACUGGUUUGGACUUCAUUCCUGGGCUUCACCCGGUCCUGAGUUUGUCCAAAAUGGACCAGACAUUGGCAGUCUACCAACAGAUCCUCACCAGUCUGCCUUCCCAAAAUGUGAUGCAAAUAUCUAAUGACCUGGAGAACCUCCGGGACCUUCUCCGCCUGCUGGCUUCCUCCAAGAGCUGCCCUCUGCCCCAGACCAGUGGUCUGGAGACUCUAGAGAGCCUGGAUGGUGUCCUGGAAGCCUCUCUCUAUUCCACAGAGGUAGUGGCUCUGAGCAGGCUGCAAGGGUCUCUACAGGGGAUGCUGAGGCAGCUGGACUUCAGCCCCAGAUGCUGAAGCCUUGAGCGCUGCUCUUCCCCCAAGGAGCAUGGAGAAGGAAGAAACCUUGGCUUCCAGGUGACUGGAGGAGAAGAGAGCUUUGUAUGGACAUCCUUUAUCCAGGACUCUGUCCAUGUCUCUCCCUCCUCUAAUCCACCCUUCCAAAGGCGAAGACUCCACGUUGCUUGAAACCAAAGAUAUAUAUACACAUGAUUCCUCGCUCGCUGAAAGGGGGUCCAUCCAGCAGAGUGGAUUGUUGCUGUGAUUCUCGCCAAAUUCUUCAGCCAUCGACCAGAGUCAUCCUGUCCUCUCCCCAUUCCAUCUCCCUCUCUGCUUGCUUCAGGGCAAUCCAGGGUGAUUUUAGGAGUGGGGUGGGCAGAGCCUCUGGAUCUUUUCAGAAACAAGUUUCUAUUUGAGAAUUCUAGGGAGCACCAUGAAGGCUACGUCCACACACAGCUAGAAACUCCCAAGCAACACACGUUGGAAGAACUUAUUUAUUGAUUAUGUAUUUUACUCUGAAUGGAUGUAAAGCAAAGCACCAGCUUUUCCAUGCUUUGGGGUCAGCAAGGGCUGCACAUGCCCCUGGGAUGUUGUUUCCAAUCCCAUCCAUGAGUCUGGCUGAGGCAAACCCACUUUGAGUGACUAGAAGGUUGGGAUUGUCUAAGCAAGAGUCAGCCGGGUGGUUCUCAAGUUAGUUCUGUAGUGACUGCUUUUGUUUCUAUUGUGAAUGACUUUACAGUAUAGUGUUUGCAAUGACAUAGCCCUAAGGGCUGGGUUAUUUUAAAAAGAAGAUGAAUUUCAUCAAGUGUAAUGUGAAUCGUAUGUACCCCAGGGUGGGGGAUGUGUUAGAAACAGGGUAGGAUCCAGAUGUUAUUUUCUGAAUAACAUUUGUGUGGUAGGCUUUUGGGAAAGGGUAAAGUCAUCUUGUUUUCUACAACCACACUAGGGUGGUUUCAAUGCAAAGAACAAACAAGAUGACUUCUGAAGGGGGACUGUGAGGUUUUCUAGGCACCCAUGGAGGGAGGGUGCUGAAGGAGAAGGCCAUUUGUUGGGGGUAGUGAUGAGCUCAGGGAGUGAGGGUCCCACACUUAUGACAGUGUGUCACUGGUGUGACCCUCUAAGUAUUCCAGGGUUGAUCCCACACUGGAUUUAUAACAUGGCAGUGGCCUUAUUGUGGGUUGCAUGUCAAAUUGUGGUUCUCAUCUGAUUGGUUCAGCCAAAGCAAGGCCAUGUUUUCCACCCAUUCUGUGGGGAUUUUUAGUCCAGUGGGAAAGGAAAAUCCUUUAGCAGAUGGUCCUAAGCCCUGGGACUUCUGGGUUAGUGCCAGGGCCCCUGGCCAGACUGUAGGACUGCCCUUCAGCUGGAGGUCAUGUUCAGGCAGAUGAACAAGGAGGCUUGGGUUUUUCCACCACCCUGCCACAGUGUCACCGUCACAUUGUUAGUAGUGAUUCUGCCCAAGGAAACUUGAAUCAAAGCAAUACACUUUAGACUGAGUGCCUGCUUGGUGCUCAGCCCUGACUGGUGCUGUGGGCUAGAGAGCUCACCAAAUAAACGUAAAAAUCAGGGACUUGCAUCCCCAUGCUAAAAACCCCCACUCACCAUGUGCCAAGGUGGAUGCCUCACCAAGGUGGCACCCAACAGCUGAAAGCAGAGUGUUGCCUUCAGCAGGUGGAAGUGGCAUGAGCUGAGGGUGACAGUGCUCAGGAAACCCUGUUCGCACUCUGUAGCAUUUAUAUACUUUUUAGAAUGCGUUAGCCUCUAUUGCUGCAUAGUACAUUCUGUUAAUGCAGGAUAACUAAAACUGCAAAAAUAAGAAAAUACAGGUUGAGUAUCCCUUAUCCAAAAUGCUUGGUGCCAGAAGUGUUUGGAUUUUGGAUUUUUUUUCUCAUUAUUGGAAUAUCCGCAUAUACAUAAUGAGUUAUCUUGGGUAGGGGACCCAAAUGCACACAGAUAAUUCAUUUCUAUUUCAUAAAUACCUUAUAUACACAGUUUGAAGGUAAUUUAUCCCAUAUUUUUAAUAAUUAUGUGCAUGAAAUGAAGUUUCAUGCUGUGGAAUUUUCCACUCAUGGCAACAUGUCAUCAUUCAAGACAUUUUGGAGUUUGGAGCAUUUCAGCUCUUGGAUUUUCAGAUAAGGGAUGCUUACCCUGUACCCAAGACUAUCACAGCCAACAUGCAGAAGACCAGGCCUAGAGUCCAGCCUCUGAUCCCUAGUGUACCUCAAUCCAGGUACGCUCUGUGGAGAUAAACUGGAGCAAAGGGAGACCACUAGUUCUCUCUGGAAGAGAGGGACUUGGGAGUGGAUUUUGAAGGAGAUGAGGAAUGUGAAUUGCCUGUCAGAGGAAGCUGUUUGUUGGAAGUUUGGUGGGUGGAGAUGCAGAGGUGAAAGUGUGAGCUUCGAGUGAAAGCAACAGGUAGAGAAAGAAGAGAUGGGAGGGAAAAGGAUACAUUGAAUAGGCCCUGAGGAGCACAGGAGUUGGGUAUUAGAGCCGAGUUUCAGGUUCUGGAGCAGAUGCAGUGUGGUGGCCAGGGCCAGUCCUGCUCUGAGGGUGGUGGCAGGUCACCUCACCCACCUCAUCAGGAAUUUUCUUGAGGCUUGUUCACAAACCUGGCACAGUGGCUUCCAGAACGCGAAACUUCCCAAAUGCAA